AAAAAUAAAAUAAAGAACCACAAAAAUAGACGUAUAUUCACAUUAUCAGGAGGGAAUUUGUUUCCCAGCAGGAGCAAACUGGAUCAUGCAUUUCUGGGGUUUUUUUUUUGCCUUCCUCUGGAUCAACUGUGGGCAGGGGCGGACUGACCAUUUGGAAACUCGGGCACUGCCCGAGGGCUCGGGGUCAGUAGGGGGCCCCAUGAGAUGCCCCUGGUACCUUUUUCAUAGGCUUUUUUGAGUUUGGGCAAGGACACAGGGGCCCCAUGAUCCCCUAUUGCCCGGGGGCCCCAUGAGUUGUCCGUCCGCCCCUGACUGUG